CACUCCAUUCGCGCACGUCUCCGUUGAUCUUCACUCCUUCUUCUUCGAUUCCUCUCUCUUCAUAAAUCGGGAAAAAAAACUCUCGUCUAAUUGAACAAAAGCAAUGGUGAAGCUAGCAUCGGCGCGGGAGAGCCGGAUGUAUGGUCCGCGGCUGGCUCGGAACAGAUUCGAGUACAUAAACGCCGGGCUGUAUGUGUUCGCUACCGUGGUUCUUCUAGGCGGAUUUGUGGCUGAGCUCUCGAGUGAGCCGAGAUCAGGGCUUGUGCUAUUACUCAUAGCGUUGGCGCUUAUAAUGGUUGUCAAUGUACACGAUCUAAUAGCGCAUCUCGCCGGAAUCGAUUAUCGGUUCCCGUUGAUGGAGCUCGAUACGCAGCUCGGGAUCGUUGAGUUCGCGGUUCCAAUCGUUCAGGCUUUGGGGUCCUUGCUUAUGUUCUUAGGGAUCCUGUUUCUCUUCAUUCAGGAAGAAAAAAGGUAUGGAUACUACAAGCUGGAAAGCCAUGCUCUGAGAUUGCUAACUGCUGGGCCUAUCUUAUGGUUGGUGGGUUCAAUACACAAUUCUUGCCAAAUCUAUGAGAGAUCAGAUGGACAUGUACAGAUCUUGCAAGCGAGUGUCCAAAUACCAUUUUUGAUGGGAAGUGUGUUGUUCACAGCUGGUUCCAUUCUCAAUAUGCGCGAGCAAGCGAGCUUGGUUGGCCAUGGCUUAGAAUUAUUGGGAUGGAAUUGGAUCUGGUUAGGGAUCUUUGGAAGCCUAAUGUUCUUUAUAGGGGGGUUAGCGAACGUAGUGAAGGUGUUCAAGAUGCAACAGAUUGAUGGACUGCGACUGGAGAAACUGAGAGGAGGAGCACAGGAGCGGCUGAUUCAAGAGAGGGAAUGUCAGGUUCCAUUGAUUUUGGAAGAACAGAGGAGGAGAAUUAGAAAAGCAGAGGAACCUAAAGCGGGGCCUUCCCCUGCCCCAACUCCUUAUAAGGAUGUGCUUAUUGGUCAAUCUUAGAAACAAAGUUUUUCUUUUAUUUUGCAAAUAAAUAAUUAGCUUGGUCCGUUCAUAAUCUUCCUCCCUUUUUUGUUUCUGGGUACGAAGUUGUGAUUCUACUCGUCUUUUUGUAUUACGUUAAUUUGG